CUGUCUCUCACACAGGUAUCAGUCCAGAGAGAAGGUAGGACGGAGACGGACAGAAACACCGUCUCACACAGGGUUCAGUCCUCAGAGAGUAGGUAGGACAGAAACACUGUCACACACAGGUACAUCUGCACCAGUCCUCACAGCGUUUGUAGCACACAGAGGGACAGAAACACCGUCUCACACAGGGAUCAGUCCUCAGAGCGUUUGUAGCACACAGAGGGACAGAAACACCGUCUCACACAGGGAUCAGUCCUCAGAGAGAAGGUAGCACACAGAGGGACAGAAACACCGUCUCACACAGGGAUCAGUCCUCAGAGAGGAGGUAGGACACAGAGGGACAGAAACAUCGUCUCACACAGGGAUCAGUCCUCAGAGAGGAGGUAGGACACAGAGGGACAGAAACACCGUCUCACACAGGGAUCAGUCCUCAGAGAGGAGGUAGGACACAGAGGACAGAAACACCGUCUCACACAGGGUCAGUCCUCAGAGAGUAGGUAGGACACAGAGGGACAGAACAUCGUCUCACACAGGAUCAGUCCUCAGAGAGGAGGUAGGACACAGAGGGACAGAAACACCGUCUCACACAGGGAUCAGUCCUCAGAGAGGAGGUAGGACACAGAGGGACAGAAACACCGUCUCAUGGCUCCAGUCCUGCUCCUCUUGGUCCUCCUGCCUGCAGCAGCUUCUGACCAGGAGACGGUGACGGGGGAUCUGGGAGAUGAUGUCAUUCUGCCGUGUCGGAUGGAUGCUCCCUCCAUCGGCACCGUAGAGUGGAGCAGACCAGACCUGGAGCACGAGUACGUCCUCUUACACAGAGACGGACGCCUGGAUCCAACCCUCCAGCACCCAGAAUUUAAGGGCAGGGUGGACCUGGUGGACAGAGACCUGAAGGACGGAGACGCGUCUUUAAUCCUGAAGAACGUGAGACGCAUCGACGCUGGGACAUACGAGUGUCGGGCUGUACCUUAUGGUCCAACACGUGGAAGCAGACUCUACAUCGACUCUCAGCCAAUCACAACCGUCCGUCUGCUGGUCACUGUCCCAAGUUCUGUGGUUGGGAACUCGUCUCCUGGAGGCCGACCCCGUGGACCGGUACCAGGUCUUCUGCUUCUUGUAGCUGCUGUCCUGACCUAUUAAAGACACAAGGACGAGAGACCAGGACCACCUGCAGUCUGCCAGGAAGCCAGUCUCAGAGCUCUGUACCCCGGACUCUCUUCUCUUUCUCUGUUUGGAAGGCCAUGUCUAGAUCUCUAGCUCUCUGCUGUUUUGUCCUCAAACGUUCUAUAAAUUACACUUUGAUCUGGAGCUCUGAGGUCCUGUAGGGUCCUCCAUGGUGACAAAUGAUGCGUGCAGAAACAGACACACACAUAAACACACACACAUACACAAGACAGGGGACUAGACAGCUAACAGAAGCUAACAGAAGCUAACAGAAGCUAACAGAAGCUAACAGACCCAAACAGAUGCCAACAUAUGCUAACAGACAGAAGCUAACAGAAGCUAACAGAUGUAAGGACUCAAAUUCACUGAAUACAUUUCAAAGCAAGGUGUCCAAAGUCCGUCCUGGGGCUCCAUUAAUAAAUAAUUAAUAAUACAUUAUAAACUAUGAAGAUGUAGACAUGUCCAUUUACACAACUUUUGAUUUAAAAUCAGCUAUGACUGAACUGAUGAAAUUGUGAAUAUUGCUGUAAUUGUUCUUAUAAAAACAUCUGAUGCAGCUGUAAGUAUCUCAGAGGACAUAGAGGACGAGUCCUCUCUCAAUGUCUCAGAGGACAUAGAGGACGAGUCCUCUCUAAAUGUCCCAGAGGACAUAGAGGACGAGUCCUCUCUAAAUGUCUCAGGGGACAUAGAGGACGAGUCCUCUCUAAAUAUCUCAGAGGACAUAGAGGACGAGUCCUCUCUAAAGGUCUCAGAGGACAUAGAGGACAAGUCCUCUCUAAACGUCUCAGAGGACAUAGAGGACGAGUCCUCUCUAAAUGAAACCUUAAACUGUUUCAUGCUAAAGGAAGUGU